AGGGCGGUGCGGGGCUCCCGGCGGGAUUGGGGCGGCCAUGGCGUUACCGCUCCUGCCCGGGGUCUCCCGCAACCGGAACAUAGGGAAAGAAAAGUUCCACAAGUCACAGCUCUGGGGUUACUGCAAUAAUGUUGCUAUGCUGGUUGGAGAAGGAAAACCUGGAAUAGGAGGUGAACCAUUACCUGGUCAGAAGCUGAAACCUAAAUACAGUAUGUUUCCUGAAGGGAUGGGAACUGAUGCUCCUGCUUGGGUAGCAUUUGACAAGCAGGUAUUGUCUUUUGAUGCCUACUUCGAGGAAGAAGUGCCUGACAAAAAUCAAGAGCCAUAUAGAAUCAGACACUGUAAAAUAUAUUUCUACCUUGAAGAUGAUACAAUUCAGGUGCUUGAACCCCGACUGAAAAAUAGUGGCAUAAAUCAAGGAACUAUUGUUCGACGGCAUCGGAUUCCACUUCCACCUCCUCGUGAAGAUGAGUUCUAUACUAUAGAUAAUUUCAAUAUCGACACAGAAAUAAUAUUUUAUGGCCGAAGAUACAAGAUUAUAGAUUGUGACCAGUUUACAAAAAAUUUCCUGAGGAAGAUGGGGAUUAAAUUAAAUCCCCCUGCAGAUCGUCCAGAUGACCCAUACAUGAGAGAACGGCAAAAGAUUCUAGACAGUAUGAACCCCUUACGCCCUUAUGAGCGCUUUGACACUCUGGGACAAUUUCUAGAGCAUGAUGGACACGUUUUACGUUUUUUCUGUGUAUGGGAUGAUCCAGAAUCCAUGUUUCAUGAACCACGGGAACUUGUCCUGCACUAUUAUUUGGCUGAUGAUACUAUUGAUAUAAAAGAAAUUGUACCAGUAAACUCAGGCCGGGAUACAGUUCCACUCUUCCUCAGAAGAGAUAAGCUUCCAAAGUAUGCUCCCGUUGGACUGUACCAGCCGGGCACUAUCACCAACCGCACUGUUCUCAACGUGCUUGGAAACCUAGUAGGAAACAAAGGCCGCUAUAUUAUCGACAAUCGUAAGACAGGAGCAGUGCAUCAGGAAUUUUACAAAGACAGUGACCUGAAAAUAGGGGCAGUAAUUAAUGUUUGGGGAAGGAAGAUAUUACUCUGUGAUUGUGAUGAAUUCACUAAAGCAUAUUACAGAACAAAGUACGGAAUUGAGGAUUUCACCCCAGUUCCAUAUAAGGCUCCAGGACCUCCUCCAAAACCAGAAAAAACAUUUCCUCCUUAUACUGGAUUUGGUUCCGAAGAGGAUUCUCUGUCGUCCUGUAUGGGCCUGCUUCUCAAGCCUCCCCAAAAAGAUGUCAAAAAAUUCAUGGAGAAAGACAGAUACGGCAUGGAAAGUAACAUACUGCGUUUUGUUGCAAAACUCAACACAGACAGUGCUGUUGACAGGGAUCGGAAAUUCAUUAUUUCCUACUUCCUGUGUGAUGAUACCAUUUCAGUUUUUGAGCAAACGCAAAAUAACAAAGGGAUAGUUGGUGGGAAGUUCUUGGAAAGAGGUCGCAUUAAGAAGCCUGGGCAGGAGCUCUUUAAGAGUGAGCCAUCUGAAUACUUCAAGGCUCAGAAUCUGUUUGUUGGAGCUGAAGUUUGUUUCCAUGGUCACAACUUCCUUUUAGUGGAUGCUGAUGAGUACACGUUCAACUACAUGGAGCAGCAUGCAAAUGAGUUCCCCAGGGCUGAUAUUGGUUUCAUUCUCAAGAAGCUGAAAGACAUUGCUGAGCCUCGGUCCCGAGAAAUCAGACAAGCAUUUGCAGCCAGUGACCCUGAUCAUACCAAGGUCAUCACGUUUGACUGUUUCAGAAAUUUGAUUGCCAGUAUCACUGACGGAGCAUUUUCAGAACACGAAAUUAUGACUCUUGCGCGCUAUUAUGGUGUGAGAGAAGAAUAUGAAAUGGACCUCCACCUCCUCCUUGCACUGGCUCAAGAGAAGCUAAAGAAGAACAGUUUUGAGAAUUUUGAACAACUGUCUGCGGUGCUGGUGUACAACGACCGUGAAAAAUGUGGAGUGCUGCCCCAAGAGACAUGCAGGACUAUUUGCAAGUCCUUUAGGAUGCCACUGGACAAUGAUGAUCUGCAAGCUUUACUGACCAUGUUUGAAGAUGAGCAGAAGCAAGUGAAAUAUGACAAGUUUGUGGAUGGGCUGAACUGGAGAAAGAAUCCAAUCCCUGCUUUCCAGACCAUAAAGAAUGAAGAAUACUGGAGCAGACAACCAUCAUCCUUACCUGUGAAAGGGAUUAAAUACUUGCCUCUUCUGGAUGAUCUGUUUGGCAAGGAGGAAUAAUCUGAUCUGUGUGAGGUGGUGCUUUUGGAACAGCAUUUCAUCUCCAAAGUUUAUUUAAACAGAUGCUGAAAACAUUCCCUGUAAAACAAAAAAAUCACAUACAGGUUUUAUUUAAUUUUGUGUUCCAACAUAGAUGUAUACUUUGUGUCCUUUCAUAACUCCUUCUAAAUCAACAGUACUCUUUCAC